AUGGAUUCUGGAAAGGCCUUGAUUGGAGCGUACGCUCUUACCUAUAUUGGAAUGGCUAUUUUCACUGCUUUAUAUGGAUAUCACACUUUCCGAUUCACGAUUCGCCUUCGAGGUGGCUUGAUUUCCCUUAUUCAUCGGCAAACUGUUCGAGCCCGAGCAGUUGAUCUAGGUGAAAUUACUGCAAUUACUCUGAUGGGGACUGACGUCGAACGGAUUGCGAGUGGCUUCCGGUCAAUCCACGAAAUGUGGGCUUCGUUGAUUGAUAUAGCAGUAGCAAUAUUCUUGCUGGAAAGACAGCUUGGAGUGGCUUGUCUAGUUCCAGCAGUGAUUGUUAUCGUCUUUGUAGCUGCUACAAUGAAGCUAGCAGCUGCUAGCAGCACCUCGCAGCGGUCCUGGGUUGAAAAAGUUGAGGAUCGAUUACGUAUGACCUCACUUGCCCUGGAAAAGAUUAAAGAGGUCAAAAUGCUAGGGCUAUCCGAAAAGAUUUCCUCCAUUAUUCGGGGGCUUCGGCAGGCUGAGGUGGCUACAUCAGCGGUAUUCCGCAAGCUUUUGAUUGUCAGGGUUGUUAUUUCCAACUCCCCUACUGACUUGGCUCCCAUCGCAACAUUUGUUGUCUACACGAUCAUUGCCUUGAAGAAACAUGAUCAAUCAAUUCUUGCUGCUAAGGCGUUCACCUCCAUUUCCCUGAUCUCCUUGGUAACCACGCCCGUCCUAACGUUUAUCCAGGCAAUUCCUGCAGUUAUACAAUGUGUGGGAUGUUUCGACAGGAUACAGGAGUAUUGUAGUAAACCGCAUGCCAAAGACAACUCCGAGACCCCCGAUGCUAGAAAAAAUCUUCAAGAUGAAUCUCCGGGUUCUUUCAAAAUGGACACGUUAUGUCCCGAUGGCUCAGUGAUUGAGUUCAAGGGCCAAGACUUUGGAUGGGAUAAGGAUGCCUCCGCUGUUCUGCAUGAUGUUCACCUGAAAAUCCCAGAUGGUCUCAUAACUAUGAUUGUGGGCCCUAUCGGCUGCGGAAAGUCCACUCUGAUAGAGAGCAUACUCGGGGAAACUCUUACCGUUGGGGAGUUGUCUGACACAAACCUAUCAUCUGUCGCUUACUGUGCUCAGAUCCCAUGGAUUCAGAGUCGAACAAUCCGCGAGAACAUUAUUGGAGACCGACCAAUGGAUAAAGACUGGUAUCAAACGGUGAUCUCCAGUUGUGGGAUUGAGAGGGAUAUUACUCGACUUCGUCAAGGGGACCAAACACCUGUUGCUGGCAACGGAAUGACGCUCAGUGGUGGACAAAAACAGCGAAUUGCAUUGGCGAGAGCACUCUAUUCUAGAAGCAGGCUUGUUUUGCUAGAUGAUGUGUUUAGUGGUAUUGAUUCUAGUGCCACAGAGGCUAUUGCUCGUGAUCUUUUCAGCAAAACGGGGCUACUCCGGAAGAUGCGAACUACAGUAGUGUUUGCCACCCAUUCUAUGUUCCUUCUCCAAUAUGCGGAUAAUGUCAUCGUCCUCGAAGAUGGGCGUAUCCUGGAAACCGGGAGCUUAGACAGCCUCAAAACUCCCAAUUCCUACAUUCAAGAGCUGAAAGCCGCCUCAGUAACUUCUUCUGUCAACAGCAGCGGUAUCAGCCAUAGUGACAAAGUGGAACCAUCCUUGAUUCCUGAUAAGAAGGAUGAAGACUUUGUCGAGGACGAGCUGGAUAAUCAAGACUCAUACGAUGACUUGAAUCGCCAAGAGGGAGACUUUUCUGUUUAUUCCUACUAUGCUUCUGCAUCUGGACGACUUACAUUCAUUUCAUGCCUGAUCUUCGCAUUGUUCUGGGCAUUCUGUCGUGAAUUCACUACCGUGUGGCUGGACAUGUGGACAGCAGCAAAUGCAAAGAGUGGCAAUUCUCACAUUGCCAUGUAUCUCGGAGUAUACAUCGCUCUUGGGGUUGCCAGUAUUAUCUUCAUGAUCAUCGUCUCCUGGCUUUUGAUUGUCAAUGUUGUAUCAUCUUCAGCACUUCAGCUCCAUGAAAAUGUUUUGACCAGCACAUUCCGGGCUCCAUUUCAAUUCUUCCACAAUGUUGAAAUUGGCAGUAUCACGAACAGGUUCAGUCAAGAUAUGGACCUCAUCGAUAUGAGCUUACCCAUUGAGGUCUUCAACGUUAUCGCCUGGGGAUGUACGUGUCUCGUGAAAUUGAUCAUCUUGGCCGUCGUGGCCAAGUACCUGGCUAUCGUCAUUCCUUUCGCCGCCGCCCUUGUCUACAUGACACAAAAGUUUUAUCUGCGCACAUCCCGUCAAUUGCGUUUCUUGGAUAUUGAAGCCAAGGCUCCAUUAUACACUCACUUCCUUGAGCUGGUUAGUGGAGCAGCAACGGUUCGCGCCUAUAAAUGGCAAGAAAGCUUCGAUAAAGCUUGCAUCUCUCUACUCAAUCUCUCCCAGCGUCCGGUAUACCUGAUGUACUGCGUUCAACAAUGUCUAGGUUUCUUCCUGGACAUGCUGGUGGCUGUAUUGGCUGUUAUCCUAGUGGCUACAGUCGUAUUUCUCCGUGAUAAAUUUAAUCCCGGAGAUGUUGGUGUCGCCCUGGUGAUGGUUAUGACCUUUAAUAGUGUUUUGAUGCAGCUUAUCAAAGAUUGGACGAAUAUGGAGACAUCGAUUGGGGCUGUGUCUCGAGUGAAGGUAUAUGCCGCCACGACCGAGUUGGAGGAAAGUACACUUGAUCCAACGCCGUCUUUGCCCACUCAAUGGCCAACUGCCGGGGCCAUCGAGUUUUCAGGCGUUGUUGCAAGACACUCGGCCAAACUUCCCCCUUCUUUGAAAGGUAUCUCCAUGUCCAUCCGCGCUGGAGAAAAGAUUGCCAUUUGCGGCCCAUCUGGUAGCGGAAAGACAACACUUAUCCUUGCUCUUCUUGGCAUGAUUCAAUUCGAGGAAGGCACUAUUUGUAUCGAUGGAUUUGACUUGUCGGAUUACUCCAGAGCUGAAGCCAGAACCAAACUCAAUGUCAUUACCCAAGACCCGUUCUUAGUCGCUAGCACGAUUCGCUUCAAUGUGGAUCCCCUCGAGGGGGCAUCGGAUGAUGAGAUCACCAACGCUCUACAAAAGGUGCGACUAUGGGAGAAGAUUGAAAAGGAGGGUGGGCUUGAUAUGGCUAUGAAAGUCACUACUUGGUCCCAGGGACAGAAGCAACUUCUCUGUCUCGCUCGUGCAAUGGUUCGAAAAGGAAAAGUACUGAUCCUUGAUGAAGCGACGAGCAGUGUUGACAAUGAAACCGAGAAUUUCAUGCAGGAGAUCAUCAACACUGAAUUUUCGACUCACACCGUCUUGGCCGUUGUGCAUCGGCUGAGGUUUAUCAAUCAUUAUGACCGGAUUGCUAUUUUAGACAAUGGUACUCUGAUGGAAUUUGACUCGCCUGAGGCACUUAUGUCAACGGAUUCACGAUUUAAGACACUUCAUGACUCUGGAAACUUAUGA